AUGAUUGAUUUUCAACAACGCGUGGUCUACAUUAGACUAGAAAAAUUCGAUUUAGGCAAUUUCAAUGUAGACUAUGGAUCCAAGAUCGUGGCCAGCGUUGGAACAAAAUCAUCAUUGUUGCGAAAUGCAAAAGCAUUUGAUUCAAUGGAAAAGUACCCUCAGAAAGUUUGGGAAGUCCGUUAUCAUAACCAAAAUACAACCUCGUUCAUAUUCUCCUUAGCUAAGAAACGUAUCUUUGGCGGAGAUAUCCCGAUUGGUGAGGUUGAACUCAAAAUCUCAAAUUUUGAGGUUAACACAGUUGCUAAAUGCGAUUGCAAGCUUAAGAACAUCGCAAAUAGAAGACUUAAUGCAACAGCCACACUUUCCGUUCAUGUUUGUGAAAAUGGUGCUGCAUCAUUUAAUGCCCCAGAAGGCAAUGUAAUGCCAUGUUCUUAUGUUUCUCGCAACUCUUUCUUGUAA